GCUCUAUUCACAUGUAAAUGAGGCGUUAUAAAUACCUAAGCUACUACUGGCAUUGUGGUUGCGCUUGAGGCUGCAUAACAAAUGUAGUGCCCGUCUGCGCAAAAGUACAGCUCGGCUUUGUUUGUGACUAGGGCUGGCGGCCAUCUGUCCCAUUCACGGAGUCUAACGGACGUGUAGAUUUAUCAGCCCUGAAUUCCUGGCAGUGUCUGGGUUAAACUUCUACAACAUGGCCCCCACUCGCAGUAACAAAAACGGAAUGAGUAGAGACGAGGUUGAAUACAAUGGAAUUAAAGUGGACAGAAAGACCAGAAAACCAUUGGUUGAAAAACAGAGACGGGCUCGCAUCAAUGAAAGUUUGCAAGAACUCAGAGUUCUUCUUACGAACACUGAUUUACAGUCCAAGACGGAGAACGCCGAAGUGCUGGAAAUGACUGUCAAGCGAGUGGAGUGUAUACUUCAAAGCAGAGCACAAGAGGUGGACACUGUGAACCGAGAGGCAAGUGAACGAUUCGCUGCGGGCUACAUCCAAUGCAUGCAUGAAGUGCACACCUUUGUGUCCAGCUGCCCGGGAAUCGACGCAACCAUUGCGGCAGACCUCUUGAACCACCUCCUUGAAUGUAUGCCCUUGAACGACGAGGACAGACUCCAGGUGAUGCUCCAGGAUAUCAUGAUGGACACGGACAGCUCCACUAACAAUAGCACUUGGCCCAAUACUGAUGGCAUAUGUGCAGUAUUUGGUUUCCCAGGGGAACGGAGCAUCUCUUGUGGCAGUUCAUCAGCCCUCUCCCCUGCCCCCUCUACCACCUCCAGCGAUGACUUGUGCUCUGAUCUGGACGAUACUGACUCUGAGCAGAGUCACAUCUCUGUGGACACUGAGAACCUAGAUGUUUUGAACAUGCUCACAGUGGCCCAUUCCAAGUCCAUGUGGAGACCAUGGUAGAUCCCCAAAUUAGACCUGCUGCUCUCAUGUAAUAAAGGAAUAGCCUAUAGUUAAGCCUAUUGUAUAUUGGGUUUUAUUUUGUGUAGUUGAAGAUCAGAUUAAUUUUAGGCUGCAUGCGAAAAGUUGAAGUAUUACCAUAAGGAAUGGGACACUAUCGUCAGUGACUACACUUGGCAAUGCUGAGUAGGCUAAGAUAGCGUAAUCAAAAGUAUAAGCUCUUUUUUUGUUUCAGAGCCAUUCAUAUAAUGCAUUUGAACAAAUAAUGAUUCUAUUCAAGCGUAUUUAAUGAGCGAAACAUUUGAAAUCUUUACUCUGAAUGAGUUCAUGUUCUCUUGUUGCCAAGGUAUAGGUUGUUUAUUUACCUUCAGUGAAGGAAGGGUAAAUACAGAUGUAAAUAUGUAUUUGUUAAUUGUAAGUGUGUAGAAAGUACUCACACUUAGUUAUGCAGGAUCGUGUGUACAUUCGUUUGUAUGUGUGUAGGUUUAAAAAUAAAUAUAAUAUGUAACAUUGUAAUGUUUUAAGUGUUUGCCUGGUCAUGUCAGUAUCUCAUUUUUGAGUUUUUUGUCAUACAUUGACUUAGUUAAUUUCAUUAAAAGCAUUUUUUCGCCA